AUGUCAGAUAAAGACGCGGCUACACCGCGACUGUUUCUCAUUCGUCACGGCGAAACAGAAUGGUCUCGUAACGGGCGGUUCACGGGCAUCACCGACCUUCCUCUUCUCCCCGAGGGCGAAGAAAAGGUCCGCCAAACAGCCUCGGUGGUGUUCGGUGCUGGACGCUUGAUCGACCCGAGCAAAGUCGCCCACAUUGUUCAAGGACCCAGCGUACGCGCCGCGCUUACGGAGAAGGUGCACACGACCGAAGACAUCGCCGAAUGGGGCUACGGGGACUACGAAGGUCUUCUGCAGCCCCAGAUUGAGGAACUUCGCAAGUCUAGAGGCCUGGACAGAGAACGUCCCUGGGAUAUCUGGCGGGACGGCUGCGAGGGUCCUGGAGGCCACACUCCACCCCAGGUCACGGAGCGACUCGACCGGCUGAUUUCGCAGAUCACGUCAAUCCACCGGCAAGGACUGCAGCAGGGUGACCGGAACUGCGACGCCGUGGUCGUCGCCCAUGGCCACAUCCUCCGCGCCUUUGUGAAGAGGUGGCUGAAGCUCGACUUGGACACACACUUGGAGAUGAUGCUUGAGCCCGGUGGAGUUUGCGGGCUGAGUUAUGCGCACGGAGAUGUCGAGGCCCGAGCGGUGCUUGUGGGCAUGAGUUUCCCGGGCUCUACAUCAUGA